GCUGGUGCUGGCUUAAUGGGUCUGUUAUACGGAAGCAAGAAGCAGCACCUUCGGAGUCGGAAGUCUCUCAGUAUCAAUCUUCCUAGAAGUAGUAGAAGAGAAGUCAGAGGCAAUUACAGGACGAUGAUGGGAAAUGGAGGAACAUCAAUGGUGUCUUCGUUGCUCUUUCUACUAUUCUUUAUCUUUCCUUACUCUAUGAUGGCUUACAGGCCUGGCGACAUCGUCUCCAUGAGCAAGAUGGGUCAAUACCACUCUUCGAGAACUGUAUGGCAGGACGUGAUCGGUCGCCAUUGCCCAAUCUUUGCCGUCAAUCGUGAGGUUCUGGUUCCUAUACAGAAGCCCACGGGUUUCACAGGUGCUGAUCCGUACAAAAUAUCAUUGCAAGUUGGAAGAGAAAAGUAUUUGAUUCCGUGGCUUCUUGUGAUAAACCGUAAGAGUUCAGAGGUUCCAAUGAUUGAUGUGAAUUUGAGGUAUUCAGGAGGUGAUUUGCUUGGUGUCACUGCUAAAGUAGUGGAUAUGCCUCACCACUACAUUGAUGUUCAUCCAGACAUCCGUCAACAAUUUUGGGAUGCUCAACACUGGCCCAAGCAUGUACUUGUCAGAUAUACAUGGGAGGAGCAAUCAGAGAUAGAUGUGACUUCUGGAUUUUACGUCCUGUUUGGAUCAGGUCUCACGCUUUCUUUUAUACUCUCCAUGUACAUUUUGCAAUCAUCGCGGGACAAGUUGGCAAGGUUUGUGAAGGAGACCGUAGCAGAGAACAACAUGCCUGCUGGAGGCAUCGCGAAGGUCGAAUGAUAGAACUCAGUUGAAAAUGAAAUAUGUUGGUUUUCAUUUGAAAAUCUGUAUGUAUAACUAUUGAGGAAAUGAAAUCGAUUGGAGGAAGUUGUUACUUAAUGUAAUUCUUGCUCUCCUUAGAGGUCAAAAAGUGAAUUAUAUAAGAGUUACAUGGGUGGACAGGGUUAUAAAAACAAACUAAACAGUGCCUACAGGCUGCUAAACUUUAAGAGUUUCCCCAAAUUUUGGACUGACCCUCUAUUGUGUGUGCUAUUGUAAACUUCCCCAGAAUAGUUGCUUCAAGACAUGUAACCUUAUUAAGAUUGGGAUUUGGAUUGGGGUAGAUUUUGAAUGUACCAAACAUAGUACAUAACAUGGAUAAUUGGAUUCACUAUGGGAGGAAAUAGUAGUAUAUGUCAGCUUAGGUUCAUUGAGAA